UAUUCAAAAAAUACCGGAAACCUCUGUAAACUCCAAGACCCAGACUGCAACGCUCCGUUACUCCUUCCGUUCCUUUCCUCUCCUUCAUCCGUGCAGAGGGCGGCUGUAAACAAACCAGCAACAAAUAUAUUAGAGCCUAUACGAAGAACGCAGGAGUUGAUUAAAUCCAUGCUGUCGACUUUCGUGGUGUUUCGGCUAUCAUAUUCAGGACCCACCACACAGAGCACCAUUAAAAUCCAGAGUUGAACUGUGAUUUGGAGGUAAAUGAUUUGAAAGAGGACAUUCACUCAACACAGGAAGGGAAAAUGGAAGAAGAUCCUCGUGGCUUAGUUGAUGAACAGAACCGUAUUAUAGUGCGGCACAUCAAAGCAGGGGAUCCUCAAAGGAAGCAACUAAAGAAAACGUGCAAAACUUUGAAGAAUAGAAGAGGACAACCGUCCCUGGAUGAUGACUCUGAUGACUGUGGAAAGACCUGUAUUAUUGUGCGAAUCAUCAAGAGAACUGAUAUACCUUUUAAGUGUAUGAAGUGUGGGAUGGCAUUCAAACACAGAAUGAAUUUAAGGAUGCACCAAAAAACUCACAUUGUAAAGAAACCUAUUGAGUCUGAGGAAUGUGAAAAGACCGUUGGAAGUACACAUGGUUCCAAGUCAUAUGGCGGUGGAAAGGCCUUUGGCAGCAAGGGUAAGCUCGACAUCAACCAGAGAACUCAAUCCAGCACAAUUGGAGAGACCUUCACCCGAAGUGGCGAUAGCAGUCACCAUACAGAGGGAAGGCCUUACCAGUGCACUACAUGUGGAAUGAGUUAUGCACACCAAGCCGAUCUAAAGAAGCAUCUCAAAACCUAUACAGGUGUUAAACCUUACCGGUGUAAAACAUGUGGAAAGUCCUUUGCAGAAAUGAACAUUCUGAACAGCCAUCAGAGAACCCAUAGUAGAGUAAGGCCUUACCAGUGCACUACAUGUGGAAAUUGCUUUAAAACAAAUGUAGCUCUCAAAGUUCAUCAGAGAACCCAUACAGGUGAAAAGCCUUACAAAUGCACCGUAUGUGAUAAAUCCUUUUCAAGCUCAGGUCACUGUAAGGUUCAUCUGAGAAUCCAUACAGGAGAAAAACCUUACCAUUGUACCAUAUGUAUUAAAGCAUUUUCAGACCCAAGUAACUUAAGGAAUCAUAUGAGAAUCCAUACUGGAGAGAGACCUUACCUUUGCACUACAUGUGGAAAGACCUUUGGACACUCAGGGAGUCUACACGCACACCAGAAGACCCAUACUGGAGAAAAACCACACCAGUGUAGCAUAUGUGAAAAGAGCUUUACAGAAAAGUACAGUCUCAAAGUUCACCAGAGAUCCCAUAGUGGAGAAAAGCCAUUCAAGUGUACCACAUGUGGAAAAGCCUUUGCACAUUCGAGUCACUUAAAGUGUCACCAGAGACUCCAUACUGGAGAAAAACCAUUUAAGUGUACCACAUGUGGAAAGGGCUUUGCGAACAAAGGAGGAGUCACAGAGCACCAGAAAACUCAUACCGGAGAAAAACCUUUCCAGUGCAAUAUAUGUGAGAAGGACUUUGCAAACAGCUCUAAUUUUAGAAAACAUCAGAGAACCCAUGCAGAAAUUAAGUCUCACCAUUGCACCACAUGUGGAAAGGCCUUUGCAAACCAAAGUCAUCUCAAAAGUCACCAGAGAAUCCACACUGUGGGAAAUUCAUUUCAGUGUGGAAAGAUCAUUGAACAAAAGUCAACUCUCAAAGAACAUCAGAGACCACAUGCUGGAGAAAAGCCUUACCAGUGUAGCACAUGUGGAAAAGACUUUGCAGACCAAUCUAAUCUUAAAAAGCAUCAGAGAUACCAUACAGGUGAUGAAACCUACCAGUACACCAGAUCUAGAAAGGCCUUUGCACAGUUGGAUCACUUGAAAGCACACCAGAGAACCCGUACUGGAGAAAAGCCGUAUCAAUGUAGCACAUGUGGAAAAGCCUUUGCACACAAAAGUCAUCUAAACGUUCAUCAUAGAAUCCAUACUGGGCAAACACCUUAUCAGUGUACCACAUGUGAAAAAGUCUUUACACACAAAAGUCAUCUCAAAGAGCACCAGAGAAUGCAUUCCGGAGAAAAGCCUUACCAGUGUAGCAUGUGUUCGAAGGACUUUGCACAAAAAUCCAAUCUGAAAAGGCACCAGUUGGACCACUUUAAAGAAAGCCAGAGCAGCCAUACUGUACAAAAGUCUUACCCUUGCACCACGUGUGGAAAGGUGUUUGUAGCCAAAAGUUUUCUCAAACAGCAUCAGAGGAGAAAGCACCUACCAUAACCAUUUCAUGUGGAUCUGUGAAGCAAUGCAUUUAAAUGGCAAAUUGUGAAUGCAUGCUGCAUAGGCUGCACAGCAAUGAGGCAUCACGAUCGAGCUUAAUGUGCGAGUUUAAACUUGAUGCAUGGUCGGAAGUUUUGCCAUUAGUUUGCUGAUUUUACAAAUCUAACCUGUGUAGAUUUGGGUGAUGGGGAAACAAACAUUAAGGAACACUCUUUUGCAAUGACAGUGUAAUUAUACUGUGUGUAUAUACUACAUUUUGUUGAUAUCCCUGUGAACAAAAUGUACAAUAGUUUUGAUAUGCUUAUGCAAGGCACUGCACGGUUGGAAGUUUUGGAAUUAGUUUGCUGAUAUUACAAAUCUAAACUGAGAUAUAGGUCAUGUGACGAAAGAACACCGCUUUGCAAUGAUGAAUGUAUAUUUUUAAAGAAAUUGUUUUAUAGUAUCCCUGUAAACUAAAUGUGAUGUUUUAAUUUAAGAUCAAAAUAUUCAAGUUCUCAAGGGGUAUGAAUACUAAUGACAGACAUUGAUGUCUGUUGAAAAGUGGUGGAUGAUCUUGUAUUGUUAAAAUAAAAUAUAUCCCUGUAAACUAUGUGUAAAGUCUGAAUAUAUCUAAGUUCAAAAGGAUCCAUUUUUUCAAGGGGCAUGAAUAUUUAUGCAAGACACUGUGUAUAUACACUCACCGGCCACUUCAUUAGGAACACCUCUCUAGUGCUGGGUUGCACCCCCUAUUGCCUUCAGAACUGCCUAAACUGCCUGCAACAAUACUUUGGAUAGGCUGUGGCAUUCCAACAAAGAUACAUUUGUACUAAUUGGCCCAAAUUGUGCU